AUGCUUGGGACUUCUCCGCCGACGAAGCUUCGUACUGAUGCGCGUCGUUCGUCGAAUAAGGACCAACCAACGAGUGAACAGCAAGCGCCGAGUGUCGAAGAGACCAAGCUCCGAAUCCACCGGAAUCGGCGGCGCAUUUACCAGCAGCGCUACCGGAAGAAACUCUGCGGACGGGAGACGACGUACGAGGAAGAAGUCGCACAGCUUGGAGGGAUACCGACGCAGCCAACGUCGUGGCAAGUCGUGGCCGAAUACUACUCGCUCUUCCGCAACGGCUUGAAGCCUCUGGUGGUCACUUCAGACGUCAGCAGCGAGUGCGUCCAGGAAACUCACGUGCAGAAGCGCUUCCUUCAAGCGAACAUGACUCCGGAUGUCGCUACCAACUCCGGACUUGGGGUGGCCGCGCUGCUCGCUGAAUGGGAACGACUUCGCGUGUGCUACCCAGACCUGAGGGUGAAGCUUGUGAGCUUGAAUCAUGGGGAGGGAGACGCGAUGAGGGCGAUGAGUCAGCGGUUUGUCACGAUCACCGAGCAGACGCUGCGCAACGCGUUCCAGCACCUCAUCAACGGAUAG